AUGCCACCACCACCACCGAACCAAGCUGGUACCUUUCGGGGCGCCUCCCUCUAUUCCGGAAUCUUUGACCAGCAAGAUCCUCCUCCACAAGAAAACAAAUCAGCAUCCCCAUCACAACAAGCCGGUCCCUCCAUCACCACCGAAUUCAGCGCUCCCAGCUCAAGACCAGACUCAGCUACAAGCGACUCCAAGUCAACAGGUACACUUCCAACAAGCACCCGCGCUUCCUUCCUCCCUACCUCUCUGGUGCUAUGCGGGGGAGUAGGCUGGUCAGCAGCACUCCGCUUCGCACCACGAAAAGCAGCUACGAAUGCAAAGGCAAAGACGAGACGCAAUGCUGCGUUUGUAGCGUCUUUUACAGCUCCAACUGUUUCCGAGGCAGUGGAGAAUGUGCCUAAGGGCGCGUUGAGUCGGGCACCUGGUGUAGCGCCAAAACCACCAUCGUCCGAUGAAAAAGGGAAGAGCUCCGAGACGAUUCCAGAUAUCAAGGAAGGAAGUGAAAGGGGCGUAGGAAAGGUGGACACUUCCCACCUCAACCUAACAGCCCUUGCCCUCCCGACGACGGAAAAUGACGAUACACAACUUGCAGCGCAGCUGGCAAAGUAUCCUGUGCUCGAAGCUCCUCCAUUCCUAUUACCGCCGGAGCAGGUUGAGAGGGAGAAGAUGCUCAUGCGUCAAUACAAUGCUCCUGCUGGGCGGGGGUGGAAUGAAGGAGAUGACGAAGGAGGGAAAUGGGAGGAGGAUGGGGAGGAACAAGAUGUGAAUGGAUUCCUUGCUACAAACGCUGGUAGGAAGGCUGCUAGACGAAAGCAGCGGAAAAGAAAACGAGGCUCACCACCACCCGGUCCGAACAUGAACUCCGAAUAUGAUCCACGCAUUCCGAACGACUAUAUCGCAUACAAAACCAUGUUGUUUGAGAGAAGAAAGGCUGAGUUGGAGCAUCAAAUCUGGGUUCGCGAGCUGGAAGAACAUGGUGAGGAAGAAGGACGGGAUGAAGAAGAACAAGAGAAGGAGGAGCGGAGCGUUGGCGGAAUUCCACCUCCGCCACCUCAGGCAGCACCCAUAGCGGUAGCGAAACAACCUUCAUCAGGGCAAGAAGCAUACGCUCACCGCCUAGCAAUGUCGAACCCCAUCCCGACGCAGCCGCAGACAGGGGAAGAAGCGUAUCAACAAAGGCUAGCGAUGAGUGGGGAAGAGGCGUAUCAACGGCGUGUUGCUUUAUCUCAGCAACAGCACCCUCAAGCGUCGCACCCUCAAGCGUCACAAGGUAUUCCAACAGGACCCGAAGCAGGGCCACCUGGUCCACCACCGGGAGCAGCACCAGAACCCCGCUCUGCCUCACCAACGCAGCUUGACGUAGCGGCGAGACAAACAGCAGCAGCAGCAAUCGCAGCCCGUUUAGUCCAGUCGCAAACUCGCUCUUUCCCCUCCAACCGCAUUGCAAUCUGCACAUCAUCGGCAGGGAAAGAUGACACCCGGUCAUUCGCAGAACGAUACAUGACAUCCCAAGGCUACAUUCCAGGUCAAGGCAUCGGUGCAGCCGGCAACAAAGGUAUCACAACCCCCCUCACCGUCUCACAAAACCUCUCCUCUUCCCAAAAAGGCUCGAUCAUCCACCCGGACCAAAAAACUCAACAGCAAGAAGAACUAUCCAAAUUCGGCGUUCCAUCACGCAUCAUCGUCCUGCUCAACAUGAUCACACUCUCCGAUCUGCAGCGUGAGGAGGAGAGAGAGGAGUUGAUAGAAGAUAUUGCUGCUGAGUGUGGUAAGUAUGGCAUUGUUAAACGCAUCCUUCCUUUUCAGUUGGGCGGUGCGGAAGGGGGGCAGGAAGGCCAAGUGCGUAUGUUUGUAGAGUUCUCAGGUGAAGCAGCAGGUUGGAAAGCAGUUCGAGGUCUUGAUGGACGAUGGUUCGAAGGUCGACAAGUGAGAGCGUUUUAUUAUCACGAAGAGGCUUUCCUUCAGCAACAGUACGACUUGUUGUUAUCGCGACCUCAUACAUAG